UUAUAAAUUAAAUACCACUCUGUACAUGAGAUUAUCCAGCUUGGAUUUGGGAUUAUAGCAUGUUCCGACCUGGUAGGAGUAGAUUUCGAUUCGAAGAUUGAGUUACGGACCGAAGAAAGUGUAAUAUUUAGUGCAAACAGAGAUUUUCUAACGGACGUCAUUGGAACCAUUUAGCAACAGUGGCAUUUAUUUGUGCGGUACGUCACGCUUGUUUUGUGUGAAGUUAGUCUCCUAAGUUUUCUCGUGAUUUCGUCUUCAAACUAUUGCAUUGGGGCCUACAGAAAAUAACAUUAUUAACAGUUUCGUUAUCUUGUUUUUGUGGAUUGUUAUUAAUAAUGGUUUAGGUAGUUCAAAAGUGGUUGUUCAAAAAAGUACUUCUAAAGUGCAAGUACAUGUAUGUAUAAGUACAGAAAGUAUAAAUAUAUAAAAUAAAAGACUAUUGUGUCAAGAUAAAGGUUAUACCUGUCAAAUCAGAUAUGAAGGACAAGACAUCGAAUUCAUCAGAUGUUAAAGAAAAAUCUAAAAAAGGAAGAUAUAGUCUGAAAAAGUUAUUAGAUCGUAGUCGUUUCUCUCCAAGUUUAUUAUUUCUUUCAAAAUCUUUUGCAAGUAAAUCUACUGAAGCACCAAAUGAAGAACAACGUAAAUCUGUGCACGAUGAUAUGAUGGAAAUCAAUGCAAAUAUUAGAAAUUCAGCCUCUUCAUCACCACAUUCCUAUUCACCUGAUUAUAGACGACGUUUAACCGCUUCUGUCCCAUUCGACUGUUCUGAUUCACCGAUAAUCACUACUACAGAAUUUCGUAAUCCUGCUUGUGGUAGUGAUCAGGCUAGUCCUAAUUCAGAAUAUGUUGUUGAAGAAGAAUAUGAAGAAUCAUUGACACAAUUUGCUGAUAUUAUAUUAGGCGGAUUUAAAAGUCGAUCAAAUCCAAGUUCAAGAAAAUCACCAGAUAGCUUUUCUGCUUGGUCUGAUGCUGCUCUUCAGUGUGGAUCACUUACUAGUGGUAUUGAUGCACAUCGUCAACAUCCACAUCAACAUCACCACCAACAUCAGCAUCCUCAUCAACCGCAACAACAACAACACCAACAAGUGACAGAGACAUCUGACAGGACGCCACCACCGAUUGAUUUUAGUUCUUAUGAAAAAUCAGCUGAUAUUGAACAUAACAAUACUACCACUACUCCUACUAUUGCUACUGGAAGUAAUAAUAAAGCCAGUGGAAAUAUUGUAACUGGCAUCAAUCCAUCAGGUAUAUAUAAUGAACCGUGUGAUGCUAAACCUUCUCCCCCGGAUGAUAAUAAUCCAAUGACAAUUUAUACAACUAGAAGUGUUUUGAUAAAAAAUCCACCAGUGGAUGUCAAUCGAAUAGAGAACAGUCCUCCAUACCAUGAUAAUUACAUCAAUCAUAUGGAUCAUUAUCAUUGUAAUUGUACAGAAAAUGUUAAUUCGUCAGGACCAGUAACAGCAACAACAACAACAACUUCUACUACUACUCCUAUGAAUAAUAAUCCGUGUACAGUGAAGACGGAAUCUUUUCAAGGCAGAAAUGAACAGUCAAUGUCACCGAUGUUAUCCUGUGUCAGUCCAAUUGUGAAUAGUGAAACUCAUGUCAUCAGUAAUUCCAUUGGCAUUCAGAUGAAGAAUAACAGUAAUAAUAGUAAUUCACAGCCAAGUGUUAGUUUUGCAAGUUCACCUCGUGGUAACACUGUCAUCACUCACCAUCCAUCCAGUCCUUUUGCACGUGUUCCACGUGGUCCAAUUCUAAAAAAUGAAGGUAACUUGAAAAUGCCAGUUCAGUUUUCACAACCAUCAACAGGAUCAAGAAUUAGUACCUAUUCAACAGUUGAUGGUGAUACUGUUACAGCGACGUCAACUAGUGCUUCUGCUUCUGCUUAUUCUGACAAUCUGUCUAAUGAUAUACCUAUUCCUAUAACUGACGCUUCAACAAACGGUUCAUCAGUUAUUUCAAACGAAUCUCCAUUAGAUUCUUCUAAAUCUUCCUCAAAGCAAUCUGUUCGUGUAAAUGAAAGUCAACGAACAAAUUCAGUUUAUUAUGAAUCUAGCCAACCAGCAUAUACUGAUGAUAAGAUAAAAUCUGUUGGUGCUCUAACUUCUAUGCAUAACAACAACAUCACCACCGCCAAUAAUAAUAACAAUCCAAUGGGAACAGGACGUGGUCGCCCCAAUGUAUCCAGUUCUUAUCCAACAUACGAAGAAGCUUGGGACGUGAAAUUAGCUCGUCAACUUGGCGUCGGUGUAUCCCGUUUACCAUCAAUUCUUCCAAUCUCACCAACUACUGUUACCGCUGCUGCUGCUCCUCCUAAUACUACUGCUACGCCGAAUCACAUUCCAUCGUUACCUUCUUUCCCCACUGGUGGUGGUGCUACACCAUCUCAGAAUUCAUCAUCAGUAUGCAAUAAAGCCAAAUUAACUGAUGAUAAUGUACAAACAGUAGAGACUGAUUUCAAAGCAUUAAAUAUUACCACAAAUUCAUCAGAUGACAAGUCAGCAAAAAUGACCAAUUUUUCAGAAAUGUUAAUUACUGAUAAUAAAAAUGUUUAUGAUGAUGAUGAUGAUGCUUGUAAUUAUAAAAAUAAAAAUAACGGAAAAUCAGUUAACGGUAUAAAUCAAUUAUUUUAUCAUAAUGAACCAAACAAUGAUCCUUCACAACGUAAUUCAAUUUCUAGUCAUAUGGUAAAUGGAAAGACAGAACUAACAGAAAACAGUACUGGCGAGUAUGAUUACGCUUACAAUGGUUCAUGGAAUAUGGGUGUUAAAUACAACUUAAAUCUUGCUAUUAAUAAUUCAUCCAAUGACUCUUCCAUUAUACCUACCACACCGAAAUACACGAAUACGCCGACAACAGGAAUUACUAAAACUGUGAAGUCAAGUCAUUGUAGUAACACUAUCCAUUCUAGUAAUCCGCAUCAUACUAUCACGUCUACUCCUCUUCCUCCUCCUCCGCCUCCUGCUGUUCCAUCACAUCAUCACCGUCAUCAUCCUCAUUCACAAAAAUAUGGCAUAUCUUCAAGUCAAUCAUCACAAGAGUCUAGUCGAUUGAGUACAGUUCGAAAUGAUACAAAUGAUUUCAAAGGUAGGCCAGCAAGUCGUCCUAUACCGUCUGUUAUACCGAAUGAUUUAGACAGUAUUUCUACAGACAGUUGUGAUGAAUCUUGGGAUGCACGUCAUGGUCAAUUGGUCUCUGAAUUAAUGCGUGGACGCUUUAUCGAUCCUUCAGUGAUUGUUCCAACCACCUCUGGUAAAAUGAUGAACCCGGUAACAACAACAGCAACGGGAAUGACUACUGAGUCCUUAUAUCCAUUGGAUAAAAAUGUAUCCAUAAUCCCCGGCUCAAUACCCGCUACUACUACUUUGUCGUCCUGCACUUCGUCAUCUUCUUCAACACCAUCGUCAUCGUCUUCUCCUUCCUCAUCCUCCACCUCCGCGUCUACUGCUUCAUCAUCUUCAACAUCAGUAUCACAUGUUGUUCCACUUCCUUCUCCGCUUCCUUCACAGUGUAUAAAUACUGUCCCACAAUUAUCAUCGGAUCAGUUUAAUCCAUCUAAUGGAUUACGUUAUCCAGGGAAUUCAGUGAAUAAAACUAAAUUGUCAUCAUCUAGUCAAAAUAAUCUACCGAAAGGUUUACCUGCUAAUUUGGAAAAUCUACCACUUGAAGAACAACCAUGGUUUCAUCCAUCGUUAACACGAUCUGAAGCUGAAGAGUUAAUACGCAAUGAACCAGAAGGUAGUUUUCUUGUCCGUCCCAGUGAAACAUGUCCAAAUGAUUUUUCAUUGACAAUCAAACAUAAAUCGUUUUUACAUAUGAGAAUAUCACGUAACAGUGCAGGUCAAUAUAUUCUUGGUGAAUAUAGUCAGCCUUAUACAAGUGUCUCACAAAUGAUUUAUCAUUAUGCACGAACACUUGUCCCUGUACUUGGUGCCUAUUCAGUGACAUUGACUCAUCCUGUCUUAAGACGAAUCUAAUCAUCUCUUGUGUUUUACGCUUCUGUGCUGAUGCUCCCGCCCCUGCUCCUGCUGCUGCUGCUGGUGUGUUACUGCUGUUGUUGCCUUUUUAUUUUGCUAUUCUCUGACUACUGCCUUUUCUAUUGUGUUGUCAUCAACGUUGCCAUUAUUAUUAGUAAUAUUAUUAUUAUUGUUUAAAGUUGUUAAUAUUGUUAUGAUUAGUCAAAUAACACAGUGAUACAUCUUUCCCUGGUUUUCAACUCUCUUUUCUCUCUCUCUCUCUCCAUUUGAUUGUACUUGGCAAGUGUUCAACUGUCUUAUUUCAUCUGUGGUUUCUCUUCUUGUAAUUAGCGCCUGACUGACUUAUAUGUGGAAAUUGAUCUUUCCUUUAUCUAAGUUCGUCUUCUCCUUCCUUCCCUCCCUCUUUCCAGCCAAUCAUUCUCUGUUUUCUGUGCAUAUCCCCCUCCUUUGAUGUCUUUCCUUCUACAAUGACAGAAUAUUCGCUUUGCUUUAACUGGUUCCAUUCAUCAAUCUUUUUUUCUUUGAUCUCAGCUUUUCUUUACAUCUAUAGUUUGCCUUCAAAUUUAUUUAUUCAACUCUUUAGGAAUACUUUUAUAAUCAUUAUGCGGAGAUAUUUGUCUAUAUCUGUGGUCAAUGUUGUUGCUCCCUCCCACCACACACACACACACACCAUCUUUUGCCUGUUUAAUCCUCUGGGUUAUCAACCCCCUUGUUUUCUCUCUUCGUCAAAUAUUUCCUCCCAGUGUUCGGUUUCUGUCUUGAUAACUAAUUUCCGUCUGUUCUGUUAAACUGUAUAAAUCAUAUUCACGCUUUCUUCUUCCUCUCUGAAGUGGAUAUCAUGCUGACCGAUUCCAUUAGAAUCUUUAUGAUUAUGGUUAUUAUUACUAUUAUCAUCAUCUAAUUCUAUUGCUAAUAUGACUACUGCUAUUGUUGUUGUUAUUCUUAUAACCACUACAUAUACUACUUAUACACUUUUGUGUAUUAAGUAGUAAAUAGCAGUAGUAGUAGUAGUAAUGUGUGAAUACAUUUAUAGCUAUUAUAUUUAUUGUUCGCUUUCUCCGCCUUGUAAACAGACCAACAACGUAAAAAAAACUCGUAUUGUCUUAUACAGUCUCCCUCCGUCCCUCCGUCUUUCUUUCUCUCUGUUGGAGAUUUCUUGAAUAGUGUCGAUUUAUUGCAUUGCAUCACUCUCAAAGAAAUCAAUAUUUAAAGAGUUAUUAUAUUUACAAAGGAGAGCAUAAAUUAGUGUUUCUGUUUCUCUUAAUCUCUCUUUUUUUCUGUUUCUCUUUUCUUUCCUAUCUUCUUCUUAUCAAUAGUAUGUCGAGUAGUAAAGUAGACUACUUAUUGAGACGGAGAGGAAGGUGGUCUACAUUUCUACUACUCUACUACAUCUCUAUAAAAUACUUCUUUCUUUCCUGAUCUGAUUCGCAGUCAUUCACUCAUUCAUUCAUCAUUUUUGUAACGUUAUCUGCUAUUUUGUAUUGGGAAACAAAGUCAAAUGUCAUUGAUAAGCAAUUAUUCUAAGCUAUUGUAUCUGUUUAUCUAUGUACACACACAUAAUAGCUUUGAUUAUAAUGGAGUCUUAUUCUGGCUAUUAUUAUUACUAUCAGCCCUAUGUCAGAUUUCUAUUAUAAGAGGUAUAAAAACCGGAAGAAGAACAAGAAGAAGAAGGGGGGCGGGAAGCAACUUCACAGCACGAUUUCCACUGUUUCCCUUUAUCACUCACUCUGUGUGUGUGUGUGUGUAUCGCAUUACGGUUUGGUUUUGUUACUCAAUAUAUUUAUAUAUAAUAAAACCUUCAAUACUCUUGGAUCACAUAUACGUAUGUUCCUAGUGUUUCUCUUGCAUACACAGAAGGCGUUUUUAUGAAUAAUAGUUUUAUAUUGUUAAAAAUUAAACAUGAAAAUGCGUUGAAAUUCGGUAUUAUUAGUUCUUGGGUGGAUAUCAGAAGAUUUCUGUUAAUAUUAUGCAUUUCAUUCCCUUGCGUCCCCAAUGGAACGUACUGUAACGAUAAAAGACAAAGGCCAGACGACAGCCCGUUUUAAUUGAGAAAAUCAACAGAUAUUUAUAGAUUUUUAUGU